UUAACCUUACAUCAGGAUGGGGCAAAAACGUAAGAAGACAAACAUUAUCGACUCGACGGAGAUCAAGAAUGCGUCUAAAAACUUUGUCCGAGGAGAAGGUCCAGACCUGAAAAGUAUCCAGGAUAAGAAAUUAAAAAGGGAACUUAUUGUCCGGGAGAAGCAUAAUGCGCAGGCUAUCAGAUCGGCUGCUUUCAACCAGUUAUUACUUCCCGAGGAGAGAGGGUGUUUGGAGGCAGAUGAGGGAGAACGAACCCUUAAGUUCAAACAGACGGAGAUUGUGAAGCACGUGGACGUAGGUAGUGCCAGGAAGCACUUCUCCCUUGCUUUACCUCAUCAUGGUCCAUAUCAUUGUGCAUACUCCAGGAACGGCAGUAAGUUACUGAUCGGUGGAGCUAAAGGUCAUGUGGCCACAUUUGACUGGCAGACAGGAAAACUAGGUUGUGAGUUUCACGUCAAGGAGACGAUUAAAGAUAUUGCUUGGCUUCAUAAUCGGGACUACAUCGCCGUUGCCCAGAAAAAGUACGCGUACAUCUACGAUGGGUCAGGAACUGAGCUGCACAGACUGAAGAACCACAUAAAUCCAGUCCAUCUGGAGUACCUCCCUUACCACUGGCUACUAGUAUCCACCGGAGCAACUGGUUAUAUUAAAUAUCACGAUGUUUCUAUCGGUAAACUGAUCGUGGAGCUCAAAACUCGGCUGGGCCAACCUCACUCCAUGUCACAUAACCCUUCUAACGCAAUCGUUAAUCUAGGGCACUCUAACGGAACAGUGACGAUGUGGAGCCCCAGCAUGAAGGAGCCCCUGGUCAAGAUGCUUUGUCAUCAUGGUCCGGUCACCGCUCUGGCUGUAGAUAAUUCUGGCAGGCACAUGGUGACGUGUGGUUUGGACAAACAAAUGAAAGUCUGGGACGCCAGAACGUACAAGGAGUCGCUGUCAUACUACUCUCAUAGACCAGGAUCCAACCUGGCUAUCUCCCAAACUGGCUUGGUGGCGGUAUCGUUCGGGGGUCAGGUGCAGGUCUGGAAAGAUGCCUUCAAAACGAAGCAGAAAGCUCCAUAUAUGACCCAUCUGGUUGAAGGCGCCGUGAUCGAGGGUCUGGACUUUGCUAAUUUUGAAGAUGUUUUGGGUUUAGGACACUCUAAGGGCUUUACCAGUUUACUUAUUCCAGGUGCCGGAGAGGCAAAUUACGACGCUCUUGAACUUAAUCCGUUUGAAAGUAAGCGACAGAAGCAGGAAAACGAAGUGAAAAUGCUGUUGAACAAGAUUCAGCCAGAGUUGAUUACACUGGAUCAAGGUAGCAUACACCGCAUGAAAGUGGAGGACUUAGAGAAGCCUCUUGACUCUCUAGACCACAAAGAACUUGUGUUAAAAUUCAAAAUGAAGGGCAAGAAUUCAGCAAAGCGACGUUUCCACCGGAGGGAAAUUCAUAUACACGACGAAAAACGAGUGAAGGUCAGAGCGGCUUUGGAAAAAGUGAAGAAUGAAAAAGAGGGUAUCGUUGAGGAACCAAGGACUAUUCUCGACAGAUUUAAAUACAAAGAAGCGUGAAUUAGAGUUCUGCUAUUUAGAUUUAUACUUUUUAAUUUUUAUGACAGUCGGGAACUUAAGUUAAUUUAUUAAUUUACAAUUUUAAGGUGUUUACUUUUUACAUAUAGGAUCAAAUGGGGCUUUGCUUGAGAUUUGACGACAGCGCUUGAAACGAUAUUAUGAUACAAUUUCAUGAUUCCAUACAUUCAGAACUAACAAUCUAUUAUAUAUGGCCAUAUAUGACUAGACUUCAUUUCCAUAGAAAACAAUUCUUUGAAGAUCAAAACAUAUUUUAUUUUUAAUAGCCCAAUAGGUAUGAUAAUGCGUUUAUAAUCCUAAGUCAAUCGCGUUCUUUUCAUUCCUCACGCCCGUCCUGUCUAUCUUGGCGUUUAUUUACUCAUUUGGAGCAGCAGUUAUUGCAGUCCAGUCUCCACACGUACUUUCCAUUUGAUCCUUUUGUGUGAUGAAUGCCAACUGAAAGUGAUAGUUAUUUGGUUUUUAUCUGUUUCAUUUGAUUCAUUUGACUUCUUUUAUCUUCCUAUGAAUAAUAUGAUUUGAACUUUGAACAAUUACCACUCGCAGAGCAAUUAACUCACUGUUUA